AUGCCAAACGUCCAUCUACUUGUCUUGAUCCAUGGAAUGUGGGGAAAUCCCUCUCAUCUUGCUCAUGCGAACAGAAUUAUCCGCGAGGUGAAGGGCGAAGUGGAGGACGGUGACAUUAAACUUGAAGUUCUUGUCGCUGAAACCAAUAAGGAUGAAUCCACAUAUGACGGAAUUGACUGGGGAGGUGAAAGAGUGGCUGAAGAGAUUCGACAGAAAACCACAGACCUAGAGAAGGAGGUCGGAAGUCUUGGUGGCCUGGUUGCCCGUUAUGUUAUUGGUGUCCUUCACCAGUCGAAGUUUUUCGAGACGGUGCAACCCGUGAAUUUUAACACUUUGACUACCCCACACAUCGGCAUACCCAGAUUCCCUUCAGCAGUUCUCCUUGAUAUCGGCAUUUCUGGGACCGAAGCUUCUUUCCCGUUCAGGCGAGCAGUUCUUCUGUGUCGACAAGUGGUCGCCGCGAGGAAGACCACUCGUAGAGAAUUUACUGCUAAUGCCAUUAAUGACUUGACUGUACCAUAUGUCACUUCUAGCAUCAGCGCAGAAGACCCCUUUGGCGAGUACGAAAAGAAUGGCAUCAAAAUUGAUUUCCACGAGAAGUACAAGCAUGUUAUCAAAUCGUACUCGGCCCUUCCUUCAUCAUCUGCAACCACAAAAGAGCCGCAAGGCUGGUUCGAGAGUAUUCGCAACAUGCGCGCGCCAUUACCUCCACGAUUCCAAGCCGAAUUUCCUUUGAACUUGGCCGUUUAUACCCUCCUACCAGUCCUCUUCCCGACAUUUAUCUGCCUUGCUCUCAUCCGUCUAUCAUUUCAGUCGCAUCAGUCUCGUGGUCGACUAAGGCAUCUUGAAGCGCAAACAACCAGAGAAAGACUUGUUCACAUUAUCGGCAAACUGGAGAGCGAGCUAGAAAGCGCUGCAGUUGAUUUAUACGAUGACCCUGCUGGCACUCCCAUCGCUACAUCGCCGAUACCUGGUGCUGACCCCGCUGAUUCGACCAUCCCCACCGAGCCUACGAAGGAAAAAGGAAAGAAAUCGCGUUCAAAGCCACCUCCAUACCAACCUUUGUUGACACCCGGUCAACUUCAGUGCAUAGAGAAUCUUAACAAGAUACCGCAGUUGAAGAAAGAACGAGCCUUCUUUGAGGGUGUACGCAAUUCUCAUGCAAUGAUAGUCUGUCGUGACCCUAAAAUGUUUAAGCAACAUUUAGAAGGCGAGGGCGUGUUACGACACUGGGCGGAUCACUUCGAACUAUAG